UGGCCACGGCUGGGCGUGGCCGCAGGUGGGCGGUGGCGGCCUGGCGAGGGCGCGGGGCGACGAAGGCGGGGGCGGCAGGCGGGAGGCGCGGAGGCGGCCCGCUGCAGAGUGCAGGGCCUCGGAGCCGAGCCGUCCCGCGGACCAUGGAACCGAUCGCCGGAGCCGUUCUCAGCGUGCUUUUCCUUUUGUCUGCCGAGCGCCGGAGCGCAGUGCUGGCGAGAGGCACUUAUAACUGCGAUGCCCCGCUGGCAUCCUCCUUGCCUCGAGCAUCCUUCAGCAGCUCCUCAGAGCUGUCCGGCAGCCACGGCCCUGGGUUUGCAAAUCUUAAUCGCAGAGAUGGGGCUGGUGGCUGGACCCCACUUGUGUCAAAUAAAUACCAGUGGCUGCAGAUUGACCUUGGAGAGAGAAUGGAGGUCACAGCUGUGGCCACCCAGGGAGGAUACGGGAGCUCUGACUGGGUGAGCAGCUACCUCCUGAUGUUCAGUGAUGGCGGGAGGAACUGGAAGCAGUACCAACGAGAGGAAAGCAUCUGGAGUUUUCCAGGAAACACAAACUCAGACAGUGUGGUGCACUACAGACUCCAGCCUCCCUUCGAAGCCAGGUUCCUGCGCUUCCUUCCCUUAGCCUGGAACCCUAAGGGCAGGAUUGGGAUGCGGAUUGAAGUGUAUGGAUGCGCUUACAGAUCUGAGAUGGUUAAUUUUGAUGGAAAAAGUUCCUUGCUGUACAUAUUUAAUCAGAAACCCACGAGUCCAACAAAAGAUGUUAUUUCUUUGAAAUUUAAAGCCGGGCAGAAUGAUGGUAUUCUAUUCCACAGAGGAGGACAAAAUGGGAAAUGCAUUACCCUGGAAUUAGUUAAAGGAAAACUCACCCUACUCCUUAAUUCAGGCAGCACUAACCUGCCCUCCCCAGGUGCCCACAAGGCCCUCAGCCUGGGCAGCCUGCUGGACGACCAGCACUGGCAUUCUCUGCUCAUUGAGGUCCACGGCUCCCACAUCCGCUUCACCGUGGACAGACACACUCAUCACUUCCAGGCAACGGGAGAGUCCAGCUUCUUGGAUCUUGAUAAUGAGGUCAGUUUCGGAGGGAUUCCUGGACACAGGAAAUCAAUGGCAUUCCCACAUAGAAACUUUGAUGGCUGCUUUGAAAAUCUCUAUUAUAAUGGAGUGGAUAUCAUUGAUUUGUCCAAGAAACAAAAACCACAGAUUCUCAUCAUGGGAAAUGUGUCCUUCUCCUGUUUGCACCCUCACACUGUCCCCGUGACUUUUAUGAGCCCCAGGAGUUACCUGGCCCUGGGAGGCACCUUUGGAGAGGACAAAGCGUCUGUUGCUUUCCAGUUUCGAACAUGGAACAGAUCAGGACUGUUGCUGGCCACUCAGUUUCUUGUCCUUGUUCUUCAUGACGGAAAAGUCAAGCUGAGUCUCUCCCAGCCUGGACAUGCGGCGAGGGACGCCACGGCAGGUGCUGGAUUAAAUGAUGGGCAGUGGCAUUCUGUGUCCUUAACUGCUAAAGGGAAUCACCUGAGUGUGAUGGUGGAUGGUGAGGCAGCCUCUGUGGCUGGUUCCCUGCGUGGGCAGAUUGAUUCAGGCAACACCUAUUACUUGGGAGGCUGUCCUGACAAUAGCCCCCGCUCUGGAUGUGGGCAUCCCCUGGGAGGAUUCCAGGGCUGCCUAAGGCUCAUCUCCAUUGGGGACAAAGCUGUGGAUCCCAUUGCCAUACAGCAGGGGGCACUGGGGAGUUUCCGUGACCUCCAGAUAGACACCUGCGGCCUCACAGACAGGUGUCUGCCAAGCUAUUGUGAACAUGGGGGUGAAUGUUCCCAGUCCUGGGACACCUUUUCCUGUGACUGCACACACACUGGCUAUUCGGGCCCCACCUGCCAUUCCUCUCUCUAUGAGCAGUCCUGUGAAACCCACAAGCACAGAGGAAGCUCUUCAGGCCUCUACUAUAUCGACUCAGAUGGAAGUGGCCCCCUGGGUCCAGCUCUCGUGUAUUGCAAUAUGACAGACACCGCUUGGACCUCAGUGCAGCACAAUGGCUCCCACUGGACCAGGAUUAAGAGCUCGAGUGGAGAAAGCCCCCAUCCUUUGUCUUUCAAGUACACGGCCAGCAUGGAACAGCUCCAGGCCAUAAUUGGCCAUGCAAACCACUGCCAACAGGAGCUGGCCUUCUACUGCAAGAAGUCAAGGCUUUCCACUCUCCAGGAUGGAACCCCAGUGAGCUGGUGGGUUGGAAGAGCCAAUGAAACACACACUUACUGGGGAGGUUCUCUGCCUGAUGCUCAAAAGUGUGCUUGUGGAUUAGAGGGGAACUGCCUAGAUUCUCAAUAUCACUGCAACUGUGAUGCUGACCGGAAUGAAUGGACUAGUGACACAGUGGUCCUUUCCCAUAAGGAGCACCUCCCAGUCACGCAGGUUGUAAUGACAGACACAGGCCGACCACACUCUGAAGCAGCUUUCACCCUGGGACCUCUGCUCUGCCAGGGGGACAAUUCAUUUUGGAAUUCAGCCUCCUUCAAUACUGAGACUUCAUACCUUCACUUUCCUACAUUCCAAGGAGAGCUUAGUGCCGACAUGUCUUUUUUUUUUAAGACAACAGCUUCUUCUGGGGUGUUUUUAGAGAACUUGGGGAUCACAGACUUCAUCAGGCUAGAGCUUCAUGCUCCUGCAGAAGUGACCUUUUCCUUUGAUGUGGGGAAUGGGCCUUGUGUGGUCACAGUGAGGUCCCCAACUCCCUUGAACGACAGUCGGUGGCACUAUGUGAAGGCAGAGAGAAAUAUUAAGGAAGCUUCGCUUCACGUGGAUCGGCUCCCUGGCGAGACCCGGCCUGCCCCCCCUGACGGGCAUGUACGCCUACAGCUCAACAGUCAGCUCUUCGUGGGAGGGACGGCCACCAGACAGAGGGGCUUCCUGGGAUGCAUUCGGGCCCUGCGGCUGAACGGGCUGGCCCUGGAUCUGGAAGAAAGAGCCACCAUGACACCAGGGGUGGAGCCGGGAUGCCGCGGACACUGCAGCAGCUACGGACACCUGUGUCGCAAUGGAGGGAAAUGUACAGAGAAGCACAGGGGGAUGGCGUGUGACUGCACCCUCUCUGCCUAUGAUGGGCCCUUCUGCGAGGAUGAGAUUUCUGCAUAUUUUGGAAUUGGCUCCUCAGUUAUCUACAAUUUUCAAGAACAUUACAAUCACACCUCCAGUAAGAACUCUAGUUCCCUUGUGGCCUUAUUUCGUGAGGACCUGACGCUGACUGGAGAGAUGACCACACUGAGCUUCCGGACCACAGGGACCCCCAGCUUACUGCUCUGUGUGAGCUCCUUCUCUGAGGAGUACCUGUCCGUUAUCCUCGCCCCAAAUGGAAGUCUGCAGAUCAGAUAUAAGCUAGACAGACAUCACGAGCCUGAUGUUUUUAACUUUGGUUUUCAAAACCUGGCUGACGGGCAGCUUCACCAGGUGAAGAUUAACAGAGAAGCAGCAGUGGUCUCUGUAGAGGUUAACCAGAGUGAAAGGAGACAAGUCAUCCUGUCAUCAGGGACAGAAUUCAAUGCUGUCAAAUCCCUUAUGUUGGGGAUGAUUUUAGGGCCCCUGGGCGCCGACGCCGCCACUCUGCGGGCCGGCGCGCGCGGCUUCACCGGCUGCCUCUCGGCCGUGCGCUUCGGGCCCGUCGCCCCGCUCAAAGCCGCGCUGAGCCCCGGCCGCCCCGGCCCGGCCACCGUCCGCGGACCCGUGGCCGCCGCGCCCGGCUGCGCCCAGAGCGCGGAGCCCCGAGCGCCGGCGCGGGAGGCCACCUGGCGGCCGGCGGGAGGCGCAGGUCGGUCAGGACCACGAGAUGGGGGUGAGCCCUCAGUUAAUGCGGACAGAAGGGACGCUGCGGUCAUCGGAGGUGUGAUAGCAGUGGUGAUAUUCAUCUUCCUCUGCGUCACUGCCAUAGCUGUUCGCAUUUAUCAACAGAGAUGGUUAUACCAGAAAAACGAGUCGAAUAGUCCAAAACAUAGCGCCAGGGCCAAGUCUGCUCUGAAAAGUGAGCUCAAUAUGCAGAGCACAGGCAGUGAAAGCCAGAAAGAGUAUUUCUUCUGAUCAGCCGAAUGGGUUUACUUACAGCUAAGAUGAUGUGAUUUCUUGCUAAGGGAUCAAAUUCCCCCUUGUAGUGCACAAGCCAACAGCUUGCUCAUGACCAGUCCUGGGAGGCUCUGCUUACAAUCGUCGUGGUCUGUUUAUGUAAAGGUGACUUAGACAUGCUCAUUACUCACUGUUGGGCGGUGUCCGACUGUUCUGACCUGAUCUUCGAAAUCUGAAAUGUAUUUUGCAUAAUGACUUUGGGUUUUAAGUGAGAACAGGAUUUGAGCUGUGGCCCUACUCUCUUAUUAAUACAGCACAGAGGUUUAUAAAAGUCAAAAGUUGGAUUCUGAUGUUUUCUGUGGCUGGAAACCUUUGUUAGGCUUCCUUAUCAGACAUUGAAACCUGGAAGUGUGUCUCAGGAUGGCCUUCAUGGGGCUUUUCAUCUUCCAGUGAACCGAAGCCGAGUGGCCAAUGAUGGAUUAGAAGCCUGGAAAAAAAGAACAUAUUUUUUUUGCAUGAUUGUUUUAUUAUUUGUCUCUUUUCAGUCAGUUUGGAUACAUUUCAGUGAUGAAAUGAGUACUGAAUAUCAGCUGUGAAAUUCUAGUAUUGGGCUCGGGUAUGCAACAGAAAACUCAGAGUCAGCAAAAUGUGUGAAGUAUUUCCAUCUGCUAUGAUCUUAUUUUUCUUUUAAUUGGCCAUUAGAGUCCUUGUAAAUUAUAACAAUCACCUAAUGAUCUCACAGAAAUGUGUACUUUCUAAUGAAAUGUCUGCCCAGAUAUAAACUCUGUACUUAACAAACUCUGCAAAUGUACCCUUCAUCCAUUUCAUCUGAACUAAAUGUAAUCCUAAAUUUAUUUCCUUUCAGUGUGGGGUGAUUAGGCCACUUGGUUGGGUAGAAGCAAGUCUCAGGUCCUGUGCAAGCUCACGGGAGGGGGUUACAUAAGGACUUGAGUCAGCAAGCUGAGAUCAUGGGGGCUACAUUAAAGUCCAGCUAACACACGACCAUAUCUUUAUUAAUGUUUCUUUAAAGGAAUAACAAAGGAUUUUCAGGAUCUCAGUAUAGUAAUAUAUGAAUGACCCACCUUGGUGAAGGAUAUACAUACUUUUUUUUCUCCAAAAGGUGUAUGAAGAUUGGGGAAGCUUCAACACAAAAAUGAUAGGCUUUAUUUAAUACAUAGCUGAGCAUAAACAUCAUGAAUUCACUGCAACUUUAACAAGCGAUCAUCUUAUGUUACAAAAGAAUUAAUCACUUUGGUAGCUGGUAUUUGACAGAUUUACAGAUAGUGAAAUCCACUGCAUUCUGCUAUCUUUUCUAAAGAGAAAACAAAGUAUUUGUAACAUUGCAGUGAUGUGUUACCUUCUUUCCCUUACUGAUUUUUAAACUUUACCUACUUAUUUGUUUAAAAUAAUACAUUUGAAUUCAAGUAGGAAAAUAUUUUUAAGAGAAGUUGAAUGAAAUUUGAAUUAUAUUGUUUUACCCUUAAAAUAUUAAAAAAUGU